ACAACUCCUUUACAGUCGCACACACUAAACACACACAAAACCCUAAGGCCGCCGUAUCAGCAGCAGCAACCACAACAGCAGCCUGAAAAUGGAGACGGCCAGAACUGUGAAAGACGUUUCUCCUCAUGAAUUUGUCAAGGCUUAUGCCGCUCAUCUCAAACGCUCCGGCAAGAUGGAGCUUCCACUCUGGACUGAUAUUGUGAAGACUGCUCCAUUUAAGGAACUUGCACCAUAUGACCCUGACUGGUACUACAUCAGAGCUGCAUCCAUGGCAAGGAAGAUUUACUUGAGAGGAGGACUUGGUGUUGGUGCUUUUCAGAGAAUUUAUGGUGGUCGCAAGAGAAAUGGUAGUGCUCCACCUCACUUCAGCAAGAGUAGUGGUGGCAUUGCCCGUCACAUUCUACAACAGUUGCAGACCAUGAACAUUGUUGACUUUGACGCAAAGGGUGGGAGAAAGAUUACAUCGAAUGGACGGAGAGAUCUUGAUCAAGUUGCAGGAAGAGUAGUAGUUGUUACCCCUUGAGCUAGGCACAUCUAAAAUGCAGUUUGUAAUGGACACAUCACAACACAUGAGAUCUUGAUUUAUAUUCUGCUAUGCCUAUCAGAGAUAAUUUCAUCUGUGUUAUUUUUGUUGGUUAGUUUUAAAGUUUGUCUUCACCUUUCGACAUUGUCUUUUUCACCCAGAUAUCUUAUUUGAUGUUUUGAGAUUA